UGUCAUUACCUGUGUGUCCACCAGAGGGCAGUGCUGAGCAGCUGUAAACCUUUCUUGGGCUCUUUGCUUCCUGUUCGCACUUUGCAUUCUGGAAGUGUUGCCUUCGGGAUACGAGGUGACAGCGGCUGCAGACAUGGCGGAGGUGCAGACUCAGGACGGCCACAUCAGUGUUUCUGGCCAAAAGUUAUUCUACCGUGAGGCAGUCCCAGCGCAGACCUCGUCCAAGCCGCCCGUCCUCCUGCUCCACGGCAUCCGCUUCUCCUCCCAGACCUGGCUGGACCUCGGGACCCUCCACAAGCUAGCGGCCGCAGGACAUCGCGCUGUCGCUAUUGAUCUGCCCGGACUGGGAUGUUCGGCAGAUGCGAAGGCCCCCAGCUCAAUAGGGGAACCAGCCCCUCCGGGCUUCAUACAAGAAGUCCUGGAAUCCCUAAAGAUGGUCCCAGCCGCCAUUAUCAGCCCCUCCCUCAGCGGCAUGUACUCGCUUCCCUUCGUCCUGAGCAACCCGCAGAAUGUGGCUGCGUAUGUGCCGGUCGCCCCCAUCUGCACAGACAAGUUCUCCGCACAGGCUUACAGCCGCGUCCAGUUUCCCGCCCUGAUAGUUUACGGUGACGGCGAUGAACAGUUAGGAGAAGUCUCGCUGGGAAACCUGAAGAACCUGCCCAACAGCCAAGUGUUCUGCAUGAAGGGGGCGGGGCACGCCUGUUACCUGGACGACCCCGAUUCCUGGCACCUCCGCCUCCUGGAGUUCCUCGGCAGCCUGAAAUAAGAAGAAUCGACUAUUCCUCCUCCCUAUCACCCCCCCCCCCCCCCCGUUUUAUAUAGAGCCGCUGAUCAGACCGAUCGCCGAUCCUGCGGCACCGAUCGCUACAAGCGCCGAGUGAAAUAAAGAGAUUGACACAAUCC